UAGACAUCGCAGUGCACAGAAUGAGCUCCAGAGACGCGCGUUUACGACUGAAACCGCGGCGUUCAGACAAAAAUAGCAGCGAUGCGGUGAGAGAUGCGUCCGCCGUCAUGAGUCCCGCCAUCCCGUCACCUGCGAAGGUGGACGGGAAAGAAGUGAUGCACGGCUUGAACGGUCGCCUUGCGGGAUUCAUAGAGAAGGUGCACCAGCUGGAGUACCACAACCUGAUCCUGGAGAGAGAAAUCCAAGAGAUCCGAGGGAAAGCUAAGCCAGCGUCCUGCUUGGAGGAGGAGUAUGGACCAGAGCUCGGGAGGCUGCGGCAGCUGGUGCUGGAUAUCAACCAUCAGAAGCAUCAGAUUGAGAUCGAGCGUGAGAAUUUGGAGGAGGAACUGUCCAAGCUGAAGAGACAGUGUGAAGAAGAGGCGCGCUGCAGAGCGGACGCCGAGGGCAGCAUCACGGUCCUGAAGAGGGACAUCAGUGAGGCACACAGGGCUAAACUCCACAUGGACAAGAAGGCGCAGUGUCUCGUGGAUGAGAUGCACUUCCUGAAGAGGAACCACGAGGCCGAGGUGUCUGAAAUGUUUGACCAAAUCCAGAACGCCGAGGUGACCGUGGGGGGUUUUGGAAGCCCCGAGCUGACUGCGGCGCUCCGGGACAUCAGGGCACAGCUGGAAGGGCAAACUCAGCCCGGCGUCCAGCCGAUGGGAGAAACUUUCCCAUCUCAAUUUACAAAAUUAACAAAGGCAGCUGAAGCGAAGAGAGAGGUGUUGAAAGCGACCCAGCAGGAGAUACAGGAGUACAGAAGGCACCUGCAGGCCAAAAACGUGGAACUGGACUGCGCUAAAGGCACCAGAGACGCACUGGAGACCCAAAUCCAUGAUGUGGAGGAUCGCCACAAGGAGGAACUCAUGCACUACCAGACUACAAUCAAAGAACUUGAAAAUGAGCUGAUAAACAGCAAGUUUGACAUGUCGGGCUACCUGCGAGAGUACCAGGACCUGCUGAACGUGAAGAUGGCUCUGGACGUAGAGAUUUUAUCUUACAGGAAACUUCUUUGUGGCGAGGAAGCUCGGCUUUCCAGGAUGUCCGACACGCACAUCUCUUUGCCCUACAUUUACCACCAAUCCCCCAUUUAUGCCCUCCCGUGCAACAGCCGCCCAGGAGGCCCGCACAGACGAGCCGAGCCCCAUUACAAAUUUGUGGAGGAAAUCAUAACAGAGACCACCAGGGAAAUUGAGAUGUCAGAAUUCGAGGAGUCAGGAUCAGAGGAGACAGAUCUGGGAAAAGAUGAGCAGGGGUGUACCAAAAGAGAGAAAGGGAGCAGUGAGGAGGAGGAGGAUGAUGAUAAAAACAUUGGAGAGGACCAAGGAAACCAGAUUUGUGACAGUCAGCAGGAUCAAGUAGCAUCAUGUGGAUAUUUAGUGAAUGGAGAUAAUGAUGAGGAAAAAAGUAAAGAAGAGUCAGAGGAGCUUGACAAUGAAGGCGAUAACACUGACACAGAUAAAAAUACUCUAAGCAAAAAUGUGAAAACUGAUACUCCUGUCUUCCAGAAGCAGACAAUUCACAGCCUAAAAGCAGAGAUGUGA